GCUGAACUCUCACCAUCGAUGCCAUAUGAAAGAACUCUCUGCUUUCAGUUCCAGAUCCUCCGCACUCUUGAGUCUUGAAUGAUAAGGCUCUCAUGGGCUCGCCGGAAAUUCCUUUCUCUCUCCCAAGUCUUCGUCCCGUUCUCUCAUUUCCACGAAGCCAUUGCCGGAGCAGCGGCCGAAGUUUCCCCCUGUCCGGCGAAGAAAUCGUACCUAGAUCUCACGCUCGAUCUAUCAGACGCCAUAAAAUUCUCUUCGAGAUUAUCAGAAAGUCAGAAGAUACACGCGCGCCUCAUCUUCACCGGUUUCAGUUCCUCUCUCUUCCUCCAGAACACUCUCCUCCACUCCUACUUCAGUUUCGGCGCAGUAGGCGAUGCACGUCGUCUCUUUGACACUAUUUCCUCUCCAAAUACAAUUACUUGCAACAUUAUGGUAACUGGCCUGUCCAAAUCAGGCAAUUUGGAAGAUGCCCGUCAGGUUUUUGACGAAAUGCCUGUGAGAGACGCCGCUUCCUGGAAUUCUUUAAUGACUGGUUAUUACAGUCAAGGGAAGUUCGAGGAAAGUAUAGAGAUUUUUGCUUCAAUGAUUUGCAACGCGCUUGAAAAGCUUGAUAUUUUCUCUUUGACCGUUUCCAUGAAAGCUGUUGGUGCUCUUCAGUGCUACGAAUUGAGCUUACGACUUCAUGUUCUUGCCAAAAAAUUGGGUUUUGAAAAUGCCUCUCAAGUUAAGAGGUCUCUUAUUGACAUGAAUAUUAAGUGUGGAGCUGCUGAUAUUGCUUCCAAGAUCUUUAAACAGAUUCAAAGCCCAGAUCUUUUCUGCUGGAAUAGUAUGAUUCUAUGCUAUAUGGAAUUGUAUGGAGUAGAACAUGCACUUAAGGUGUUCAACAGUAUGCCUGAAAGAGAUAUCAUUUCAUGGAAUACUGUGAUUUCAAUUCUGUCACAGCAGGGGCACUAUUGGGAAACAAUUUCCAUGAUUAUAAACAUGCAAGUUGAAGGCUACAGGCUUAGUUCAACAACAUACACAUGUGGCUUAACUGCAUGUGCAAAUUUUCCUCAUUUAGAUUGGGGAAAGCAUCUCCAUGCUGUAAUUUUGAAGUCAGAAGCUAUUAUUGAUGUAUUUGUUGGUAGCGCUCUCGUAGACAUGUAUGCAAAAUGUGGUCACUUGGAUACUGCAAGGAGAACUUUUGACUCCCUAUCUACCCAUAAUAUUGUUUCAUGGACUUCUCUUAUUGGUGGAUAUGCUCAAUUUGGCAAGGUUGAAGAAGCUGGAGAGUUGUUCAACAAAAUGAGAAGAGAACAAAUUUCGUUUGAUAAGUUCACUCUAUCGACGAUUAUAAGUGCUUGUUACAAUGGAACAGAUUCAGAUGUGCAUUUUGGUUGUCAGUUACAUUGCCUUUGUUUCAAAACUGGAUAUAGUCCAUCAACCCCAGUUUCGAAUGCUCUAUUAACAAUGUAUGCUAAAUGUGAAAGAAUUGAAAGUUCUGAAUCCAUAUUCAAGUCAAUGGCUUCAAGAGAUGUAGUAUCAUGGACUAGCAUGAUCACUGCAUAUGCUCAAUUUGGUAAUGUUGGUAAAGCUCGAGAAUUUUUCGAUUCUAUGUCGAAAAGGAAUGUCAUAACUUGGAAUGCCAUAUUUGGUGCUUAUAUGUUGAAUGAGCAGGAGGAAGAAGCUCUCAAACUGUUUAUUGUGAUGCUAAGAGAAGAUGAUGUGAGGCCAGACUGGGUUACAUUUGUUAGACUUUUGAGUGCUGCUGCUGACAUGGGAGCUCUAAAGAUUGGUACUCAAGUUAUAGCUCAUACCAUGAAAUUAGGAUUCAAUGACUCCAACACUUCAGUAGCUAAUGGGAUUAUCACAAUGUACUCGAAGAGUGGAAAGAUUGUCGAGGCUCGGCAAGUCUUCGAUUCUAUAACUAACAAGGAUCUGAUUUCCUGGAAUGCUUUGAUUACCGCCUAUGCUCAGCAUGGUCUAGGUAGGGAGGCAGUGAAGGCAUUUGAGAAAAUGUUGCUUGAGAGCAUUCAACCUGAUUAUAUAAGCUAUGUUGCAGUCCUUUCAGGUUGCAGUCAUUCAGGACUAGUAUCACAAGGGAAAUCUUACUUCGAGCGAAUGACCGGAAUCCAUGGCAUUGUCCCCGGAACAGAGCAUUUUGCUUGCAUGGUUGAUCUUCUCGGUCGAGCUGGGUUCCUGCAACAGGCAAAGGAGGUGAUAGUAAAUAUGCCCAUCGAACCUACCGCCGAGGUUUGGGGAGCUAUGCUUGGAGCUUGCAAGCUACAUAACAAUACUGAACUUGCAGAUUUUGCAGCCAAGCAUAUAUUUCAGUUAGAUUCAAAGGAUUCUGGCAGCUAUAUUCUGCUGGCAAAGCUGUAUGCCGAUGUGGGUAACUUCAAAAAUUCAGCUGGAGUGAGGAGACUUAUGAAGGAAAAAGGAAUAAGAAAGAAGCCUGGAUGUAGCUGGAUAGAAGUUGAUAAUAGGAUUCAUGCUUUCAUUGCAGAAGAUUUGAAUCAUCCACAGAUUAAUGAUAUUUUGAUAGUACUUGGAAAUCUGUUUGAGAGGAUCAAAGCUUUUGGGUAUGUGAAUCAAGACAGCUGUUCGAGAUCAACCAGACAUCAUAGUGAGAAACUAGCUAUGGCAUUUGGGCUAAUGAGCUUGCCUCCAUGGAUGCCAGUACAUAUCAUGAAGAACCUCCGCAUUUGUAGUGACUGUCAUUCUGUGAUAAAGUUGGUAUCAUUGAUCUGUAAAAGGGAAAUUGUGGUCAGGGAUGCAAUCAGGUUUCACCACUUCAAGGACGGGUCAUGCUCUUGUUGUGAAUACUGGUAAUAACUAGGGGUGUCAAUAUUUGACCCGACCUGGACCCGCACUGGAAAAUUCCGUGUUCGGGUCAACCCAUUUGACAUAUGGGUCGGGUUCGGGUUCGGUAAAUUGAACCCAUUUCAAAAGUCAGGUCAGAUUCGGGUUGACCCAAAAACCCAAAAAUCUGAAAAUGACUCGGGUUGACCCGUUUAACCUGGCCUACCGUUGGUCCGCUGUACGCGAUAUGCCUGUACCACGGGUACGCAACUCUGCUAGAUCUCCUUCUCCUCCAUGCGUUCGAUCUCCCCACUCGCCCUCCUCUCAUCCCGAGGCCGCCGACCGCCGCCUCUUCCACUAGCACAUAUCCUAAUUCUAUUCGUGGAUCCGUCGUCGCCUCCUACCACGACAUCUUCCAGACUUCCAUCAAGAAUGCGUCAAAUGACCUAGCCGCACGGCCUGAACUCACAUGCCACAACAACCCCAGGCCUAGCCUCCGGGGGUCAAGCCACGCCGUGCGGCCCACGCUCAACCCCGGCUUCACUGCGCUCUUCCAGGCUCUACCCGCACGCACAAGAUUGCAAACUUUUGUGUUCGUGUUUCGGGUCGGGUCAACCCGGAACCCAUGCGGGUCGGUCCGGGUUGAAUUUUCUGAAACGGGUCGGGUUAGGGUCAGCCCGUUUAUGCUCGGAUCAAUUCAUGUUUGACCUGAAUCCGACCCGCGGACCCAUUUUGACACCCCUAGUAAUAACAAAUAGGUAGCUUUGUUUUUAGGUAUUUACAACAUCAUUCCUGCAUCUCAUGGAGGUGUUUUAGAAAUUUUUAGAUUCUUUAUGAAUGAAUUUUUUUUUUUUCCGUGAUUAAGGAAAUUAGGAUACAUCAAGUUGGCCGUUAACUCUUCAACAAAGGGCAAAUAAAUUCUUAUUUGAAA